GUGCACUGAAAUUCGAAGUUUGCAUAUAACCACAAAUGAAAGCGGGAUUUGGAGUUAUACCACCAUUGCAGGACCAUUUCUAAAUAUAUGUGAUUGGGCUAACCUAGCAUGCUGCUUUUAAUUAAUGCCAUUCUAAUCUUAUGGAUUUCUACUGUUGAGGGGCAAGUGGGACAUUGUGAUUUUCCAAGAAUCAACCAUGGAAUUCUUUAUGAUGACAAGAAAGAUACGCCCUUUUCCUCAGUUCCUGUUGGGAAAACUUUUUAUUAUUCUUGUGAAUAUAGCUUUGCGUCUCCUUCAAAAUCCUUUUGGAAUCGCAUAACAUGCAGGGAGGAAGGAUGGUCGCCAACACCCAGGUGCCUCAGACUGUGUUUCUUUCCUUUUGUGGAAAAUGGUCAUUCUGCAUCUUCAGGACAAACACAUUUGGAAGGGGACACUGUACAAAUUGUCUGUGACAUCGGCUACAGCCUUCCCGGUAAUACUGACAUCAUUACAUGUUUGGAAGAUGGAUGGUCUUCUCCCCCCAAAUGCAGUUCCACCAAUAUAGAAUGUCUUGUUCCAUUUUUAGAAGCUAACAUACAUGUUUAUCCAAAACAAGAAAAAUACACACCUGGAGAUGUGUUGCAAUUUUCCUGCAGACAAGGACUUGUAAGAGUUGGACCAGAUUCAGUUCAAUGCUAUCAUUUUGGAUGGUCACCUAAUUUUCCAACAUGUAAAGAGCAAGUACAGUCAUGUGGUCAACCCCCUCAACUCCCCAAUGGUAAAACAAAACAGAUAAGGAAAGAAGAAUAUGGACACAGUGAAAUGGUGGAGUAUGAUUGCAAUCCCGCUUUUCUAAUGAUGGGACCUAAGAACGUACAGUGCAACGAUGGAGAAUGGACAAAUCUGCCUACUUGUUUUGAACACGUGAAAACAUGUGGAUAUGUACCUCACCUCAAGAAUGGCUAUGCCCAGCCCUCAGUCCCUCCCUAUCGACCUGGUGUUUCUGUGGAACUGCACUGCAGAAAUGCAUAUACAAUGGUUGGAAAUAAUGUAAUUACUUGUAUGGAUGGAAUGUGGACUGAACUUCCCAAGUGUGUUGCAACAGACCAACUUAAGAGUUGCAAAAUACCAAAUUUUUAUCGAAGAAAACUGCUAAGUCCGCGUAUGCCUGAAUAUAAUCAUAAUGCCAGAAUAAAUUACAGAUGUUUGGGGAACAGUGCACAGAUGCAAAUAUCCUGCAUAAAUGGAAACUGGUAUCCUGAACCAAACUGCAGAGGAAAAGAGACACAACUCUGCCCACCUCCACCUCAGAUACCUAAUGCUCAGAAUAUGCUAACCACAGUGAAUUAUCAGGAUGGAGAAAAAGUAGCUGUUCUUUGCAAAGAAAAUUAUCUACUUCACGGAGCAAGAGAAAUUGUGUGUAAAAGUGGAAAAUGGCAGUCAUUACCACAGUGUAUUGAGUCUACACAAUAUUGUGGUUCCCCUCCACCUAUUAGCAAUGGAGAUAUCACCUCAUUCCCAUUAACAGUAUAUCCUCCAGGAUCAAAAGUCCAGUACCAUUGCCAGUCUUUCUAUGAAAUUCGGGGCUCCAUAGAUGUAACGUGCAGAAAUGGACAGUGGUCAGAACCACCAAAAUGCAUAGAUGCAUGUAUAAUAUCUGAAGAUAACAUGAACAAAUAUAACGUGCAGUUAAGAGGAAAAGACACCAAAAAACUUUAUGUAAAAACAGGGGAUUUUGUUGAAUUUGAAUGUAAAUGGCCACAUAAAGCAAACACGUCAAUACAGUCAUUUCGGGCAAUCUGUCAGGAAGGGGAAGUUGAAUAUCCCAGAUGUGAAUGAAACAAGCAUUAAUUUCCCUGAAUAUAAAUUUUAAAGUAAUGCUAUAUGUAUGUUGUAAGUAUGCAUUAUAUAGGCAAUUCUAUAAUUAAUGUAUUUAUUCUUUCGAGUGUUGCUUAUCUCAGUUUUAUUUUGAACUCUGAAUUUUCAGAGAUUCACAAAUUUAUAAACCAAGAGCAACGCUUCACUUAUUAGGUGGACCAUAUUAUACCUGGGUCAAAUCAUAGUGCUGGGUCUCCUGUUCAUAUAUUACCCACAGAAAGUGAGCAUGUGCCUCAAUUCAGUACUUUGUCCCAUCUAACCUCUUCUAAUUGUCUAAAAUGUAUAAGAUAACUUCAAGGCUUUCUAUCUUUCUAUCACAUCAUAAAAUAUAAAAACUGUAGGGUGCCUGGGUGGCUCAGUCCGUUAAACAUCCGACAUUGGCUCAGGUCAUGAUCUCACAUUUCAUUAAGUUCGAGCCCCGCGUCGAGCUCUGUGCUGACAGCUCAGAGCCUGGAGCCUGCUUUGGAUUCUGUGUCUCCCCUCUCUCUGCUCCUUCCCUGCUCACUCUGUGUCUCCCUCUUUCUAAAAAAUAAAUAAACAUUAAAAAAAUGUUUCCUAAAUACAAAAACUGUCACCUUUUAUGCUUGUAGCAAGCAUUAGUAAAUAUUAAAAAGUCCUCUGAUGGGAGGCUGAUCACUCAUCAAAUACUAAAUACACCAUCUUCCACAAAUGGGUGGAAGACUAAAAUUUUUACAAAUCCUAGUGCAGAACUUCUAUUAUAGUCAAGAUGUGAUACAUGCAUACAAAAAGGUAACCAUAAAUGAAAAUUAUUAGGUUACAAUAGUGCAUCUAUAGGAUUAUCUAGAUAUGCAUACAUACUUAAAAAAGAUUGAGAGUAAACACAAAGUUUGGCUGUAAUAAUUCUAUGUGGUCUGUGGUUUCAGAAAUUAGAAUACUUGUAAAUUUUUAUAUUCCUACAUUUUAUAAUUUUUCAUUUUGAAUUAUAUUACUUUUACAGUUAGAUGAGAGUUAUCAAGAACUGUGAUUAGAGACCAAGAAAGUAGAAGAUUGAGAGUAUAAGAACUCUGUGCUGUGGGCCAGGAGGCUGACUUCAUACCAAAGCUCCAUUAUUUUUUGAUGUACCAUAGUUUGGGGAAAUACUGAACAGGAACUUUUAGAAAUGUCCUUUGCAUGUUCCUGUAUUUUAGGUAGCAUAGUAUAGUUAAAACAUUUUUUUGGCCAGCAAGUUUUUUUUAUCUAUGAAAAUGGUGACAACAAUUUCUUAAAAUCUUCAUGACUAGAGAUACAGCAAUAGAUUUUUAGAUAAGACAUCAAAACAAACAAUCAAGAAAUAGAGAAAUUGAACUUUAUCAAGACUAAAAACCCUCAUUCUUUAAACAAUGCUAAUAAGAAAAUGAAAGCAUGCAGAUAUAAUCGGAAAAAAAUAGCUGCAAAUUAUAUAUCUGAUAAGGGACUCGUAUCCAGAAUUAAAGAACUCUUACGAGUGAAAAUAGAAAGACAGCCUGAUUUUAAAAUGAGCAAAAGAUCUAAACAGACAUUUCUUCAAAAAAAGAUGUACGAAUGGCCAAAAAACACAUGAAAAGAUACCUAACACCAUCAAUCAUUAAGUAACUAAAUCAAAAUCUCCAUGAGAUAGUACUUCCCACCCACUAGGAUGGCUAUAAUCAGAUGGUAACAACUAUUGUUAAGAAUGUGGACAAAUUAGAACACAUAUACACUACUGAUGGGAAGGUAAAGCGAUACGCCCAAUUUGGAAAAUAAUUUGGAAGUUCUUUGAAAGGUUGAAAUAGAGUUAUCAUAGACUCAGUAGUCUACUCCUAGAUAUAUGCCAAAAGAAAGACAAACAUAUAUCACACAAGCACUGUAACAUGAAUGUCUUAGCAGAAUUAUUCAUAAUAGCCCCAAAAUAGAAACAACCCAGAUGCUUGUCAAUAUACACAAAACAUGCAUCUUACUAUUAUUUGGUUAUAACAAAGGAAUAAAGUGCUAUCAAAUGCCACAGCAUGGAUGAACCUCAGAAUCUUUAUGUUAAGUGAGAAAAGCCAGUCACGAAGACGACGUAUUAUGUGAUUCCAUUUGUAGGGUAUGUCCAGAAUAGACAGGUGUAGAGGGGACAGAAGGUAGAUCGAUGGUUGCUUAGGGCUGGAGUAGGGAGGCAGGGGCUGAUAGUUAACAGUGACAAUGUUCUAAAAUUGAUUGUGGUGAUGAGUGUACAACUCUGUGAUUAUACAACAAAACAUUGAAUAUACAUUUGAAAUGGGUGAAUUGUAUGAUGUGUGAAUUAUUUCUCAAUAAAGUGUUCUAAAAACUGUG